AUGAGUACACUCUUUGUUAAAUGUGUGCAAUGUAAUUAAAGACCUGCUACUAUUAAAUGUUAAUAAUGUAAAUUAGGAUAAAUUGUUAGAUUGUGUUAUAAUUGUGAUCAAAAGGUCCAUAAUAAAUAAGCACCAAUUGAUCAAUAACAUAAUACAGAAAUGAUUCCUUAUUAAGGUGUGUAUAAAAUCUCAUUAAAUAUAGAAAUGUAUUCUAAAGCUCCCCAAACAUCAAGCGCUAUGAAUUUAAACAAAAAUGAUUAGCAAUUUUAAUCCAAAAAAUUAUAGUCUAAUCAAUAAUAAUAAUUGUUAAAAGUUCCUAUUACAAUUAAAUAAGAACCUAGUUAAAUUGCAUAAAGAUCGAUUUAAAAUGUUGCUAAAGUAACUUAACAACAACCAUAAAAAGAAAUUAAUAUUUCUAUCCAAAGAUAAAAUAAUAAAGCAUAGAUUAAUUUAUAAGAUGAUUAAUAUUAAAAAAAUUCUUAGCCUGUUUAAUAAUAAAAUUAAAAUUAACCUUUACUCAAUUAACUAAAAGAAGAAAAAGAAUAGAAUUAAUAAUUAUAAAAAGAAUUAAAAUAAACAUAAGAUUAUUUAAACUAAAUUAAUAAAGAAGCAGAAAAAAAUAUGUACAUUGAUUUAAUGAUUUUAUAGAAAACAAUCUCAAUAAGAUAUAGAAAAAAAGCUGAAUGAAUUGAAAAAGGAAAGCGAUGAAGAAAAGAAAAAGACAUAAAAUCUUACAGCUGAUGUAAAAAAGCUUAAAGAUUAAAUAAAAAAUGCAGAAACAUAAAUGUAAAAUAAAUUAGAUUAACAAAAAAAAUAAUUUGAAAAAUAAAUUUAGGAAUUAGAAUAAGUAAUUUUGGAGAAAUAAUAAUAAAUUGAUGAAAUUAGUUAAGAAUUCUAAAAUUAUAAUUUAGAAGAAAUCUAAGCAAAAAUGGAAGAAAUGGCUGAUGAAAUCAAUAUGAAAGAUUAAUUAAUAGAGUAAUAUUAAACUUAAUUAUAAAAUGGAGUAGGAAAUCAAAAAGAAGAUCAAAAUGAAGAUAAAUAAGAUAUUUUAUAAGAAAAAGAAUAGAAAGAUUAAGAAAUUAAGAAAUUAGAAGAACUAAUUGAAAAUUUCAAAUAAUUAUACCAGCAUAUGUUAGAUGAGAAAUAAGUUAUUAUGGAUGAGAAUGAGAAGUUAGGGAAUGAAAAUAAUUAAUUUAGAGAAAUAUUUAGUGUAAUUGAUUAUUGAAAUUAGUAAAAUUUACAUUUAUUUGGAAUUGACCCUAAUUAACUUGAAGAAGAAGGAGAAGGUGAAGGAGAAGAUAGAGAAGGUGAGGAAUAUUAAUAAGAAGAAGGUAUGAAUUAAAAUAUAUUAGGUGAGAUAAUUGAGGAAGA